AUGUCAUGCUCUGAACAGUUUUCUAACUGGAUGUUGUUUUCCUUCCAUCAGGACUCGAGCCAGAUAGAGUUGUUGAAAGAGUUGAUGGAUCUGCAGAAAGACAUGGUUGUGAUGCUGCUGUCCAUGCUGGAAGGCAACGUGGUCAACGGAACCAUCGGGAAGCAGAUGGUAGACAUGUUAGUAGAGUCCUCCAACAACGUGGAGAUGAUCCUCAAGUUCUUCGACAUGUUCCUCAAACUCAAAGACCUGACGUCGUCCGACGCCUUCAAGGUACUUUUAAUGUACUCUUAUUGUACGUUGUCCUUGAGCGUCUUGACAAGUGUCUGUCAAAUACAGUUAAAUGUUUUAUUAUUCUUAUACAGGAGUACGACCCGGAUGGUAAAGGGGUCAUCUCCAAGAGAGACUUCCACAAAGCCAUGGAGAGCCACAAGCACUAUACCCAGUCGGAGACAGAGUUCCUGCUCUCCUGUGCCGAGCCUGAUGAGAAUGAGCUAUUGGACUACGAGGAGUUUGUGGAGCGUUUCCACGAGCCGGCCAAAGACAUUGGCUUCAACGUGGCCGUGCUUCUGACCAACCUGUCUGAACACAUGCCCCACGACACGCGCCUGCAGACCUUCCUGGAGCUGGCUGAGAGUGUCCUGAACUACUUCCAGCCAUACCUGGGCCGCAUCGAGAUCAUGGGCAGUGCCAAGCGCAUCGAGCGGGUCUACUUCGAGAUCAGUGAGUCCAGUCGUACGCAGUGGGAGAAGCCCCAGGUCAAAGAGUCCAAACGCCAGUUCAUCUUCGACGUGGUCAACGAGGGCGGGGAGAAGGAGAAGAUGGAGCUGUUUGUCAACUUCUGCGAGGACACCAUCUUUGAGAUGCAGCUGGCCGCCCAGAUGUCCGACAUCGGGGAGCGGUCGGCCAUGAAGGAGGAGAGCGAGAAGGAGAAACCGGAAGAGGAAAGCCCUGAGAUGGGCUUCUUCUCUGUGACCACGGUCCGGACCGCCCUGAUGGCGCUACGCAACAACGUCAUGUUCCUGAUGAAUGUAAAUUGAUUUCAUUUGACAAUAUCAAAAAUAUAUAUAUAUACAGCCAGUACAUCAUUUUUAAAGACUACCAAGGACUUAUUUCCUCUCCAGGUUCUGUCCAUGAAGAGCCUGAAGAAGCAGACGAAGAAGAUGAAGAAGAUGACGGUGAAGGACAUGGUGAUGACGCUGGUCUCCUUCUAUUGGUCCGUCAUCAUGGGCCUGUUCCACUUUACCUUCAGCGUCUCCAGAGGGUUCUGCAGAAUCAUGUCCAACACCUUCCUAGGAGGUAGUCUGGUAGAGGGAGCCAAGACUAUGAAGGUGAGCACGGCUUUUAGUGUCUGUGUCAUUUCUAGUGUCGGUGUGUAUUAGCUGGUGUGGUGUGUUGUAUUAGUGUAUUAGCUUGUGUUGUGUGUAUUAGUUGGUGUGGUGUGUAUUAGUUGGUGUGGUGUGUAUUAGCUGGUGUGGUGUGUAUUAGUUGGUGUGGUGUGUAUUAGUUGGUGUGGUGUGUAUUAGUUGGUGUGGUGUGUAUUAGUUGGUGUGGUGUGUAUUAGUUGGUGUGGUGUGUAUUAGCUGGUGUGGUGUGUAUUAGCUGGUGUGGUGUGUAUUAGUUGGUGUGGUGUGUAUUAGUUGGUGUGGUGUGGUGUGUAUUAGUUGGUGUGGUGUGUAUUAGUUGGUGUGGUGUGUAUUAGUUGGUGUGGUGUGUAUUAGUUGGUGUGGUGUGUAUUAGCUGGUGUGGUGUUGUGUGUAUUAGUUGGUGUGGUGUGUAUUAGUUGGUGUGGUGUGUAUUAGUUGGUGUGGUGUGUAUUAGCUGGUGUGGUGUGUAUUAGUUGGUGUGUAUUAGUUGGUGUUGGUGUGUAUUAGUUGGUGUGGUGUGUAUUAGCUGGUGUGGUGUGGUGUGUAUUAGUUGGUGUGGUGUGGUGUGUAUUAGUUGGUGUUGUGUGUAUUAGCUGGUGUGGUGUGUAUUAGUUGGUGUGGUGUGUAUUAGCUGGGUGUGGUGUGUAUUAGUUGGUGUGGUGUGUAUUAGCUGGUGUUGUGUGUAUUAGUUGGUGUGGUGUGUAUUAGCUGGUGUGGGGUGUUAUUCGCUGGUGUGUGGUGUAUUAGUUGGUGUGGGUGUGUAUUAGCUGGUGUGGUGUGUAUUAGUUGUGUGGUGUGCAUUAGCUGGUGUGGUGUUGUAUUAUGCUGGUGUGGUGUGUAUUAGCGGGUGUGGUGUGUAUUAGUUGGUGUGGUGUGUAUUAGCUGGUGUUGUGUGUAUUAGUGUGGUGUGGUGUGUUAUUAGCUGGUGUUGUGUGUAUUAGCUGGUGUGGUGUGUAUUAGUUGUGUGGUGUGGUAUUGUGGUGUGGUUGUGUAUUAGUUGGUGUGGUGUGUAUUAGUUUGGUGUGGGUGUGUAUUAGCUUGGUGUUGUUGUGUAUUAGUGGUGUGGUUGGUGUGUAUUAGUUGGUGUUUUUGUAUUAGCUGGUGUGGGUGUAUUAGUUGUGUGAUUAGUUGGUGUGGUGUGUAUUACUGUUGUGUGUAUUUAGUAUUGUGUGGUGUGUAUUAGCUGGUGUGGUUGUGUAUUAGCUGGUGUGGUGUUUUAUUGCUGGUGUGGUGUGUAUUAGUUGGUGUGGUGUGUAUAGUUGGUGGUUUGUGUGUAUUAGCUGGUGUUGUGUGUAUUAGCUGGUGUGGUGUGUAUUAGUUGGUGUGUGUGUAUUGUUGGUGUGGUGUGUAUAGUUGGUGUGGUGUGUAUUAGUUGGUGUUUGUGUAUUAGCUGGGUGUGGUGUGUAUUAGCUGGUGUGGUGUGUAUUAGUUGGUGUUGUGUGUAUUAGCUGGUGUUGUGUGUAUUAGUUGGUGUGGUGUGUAUUAGUUGGUGUUGUGUGUAUUAGCUGGUGUGGUGUGUAUUAGCUGGUGUGGUGUGUAUUAGUUGGUGUUGUGUGUAUUAGUUGGUGUGGUGUGUAUUAGCUGGUGUGGUGUGUAUUAGUUGGUGUGGUGUGUAUUAGUUGGUGUGGUGUGUAUUAGUUGGUGUGGUGUGUAUUAGUUGGUGAUGUGUGUAUUAGCUGGUGUGGUGUGUAUUAGUUGGUGUGUAUUAGUUGGUGUGGUGUGUAUUAGUUGGUGUGGUGUGUAUUAGUUGGUGUGGUGUGUAUUAGUUGGUGUGGUGUGUAUUAGUUGGUGUGGUGUGUAUUAGCUGGUGUGGUGUGUAUUAGUUAGUAAUCUCAUUCCAAAAUCAUGGGCAUUAAUAUGGAGUCGGUCCCCCCUUUGCUGCUAUAACAGCCUCCACUCUUCUGGGAAGGCUUUCCACUAGAUGUGGGGCGGCAGGUAGCUUAGUGGUUAAGAGCGUUGUGCCAGUAACCGAAAGGUCGCUGGUUCUAAUCCCCAAGCCGACUAAGUUAAAAAUCUGUCGAUGUGCCCUUGAGCAAGGCACUUAACCCUAAUUGCUCCUGUAAGUCGCUCUGGAUAAGAGCGUCUGCUAAAUGACUAAAAUGUAAUGUAAAAUGUAGAUGUUGGAACAUUGCUGCGGGGACUUGCUUCCAUUCAACCACAAGAGCAUUAGUGAGGUCGGGAACUGAUGUUGGGCGAUUAGGCCUGGCUCGCAGUCGGCAUUUCAAUGCAUCCCAAAGGUGUUCGAUGGGGUUGAGGUCAGGGCUCUGUGCAGGCCAGUCAAGUUCUUACACACCGAUCUCGUCAAACCAUUUCUGUAUGGACCUCACUUUGUGCACGGGGGCAUUGUCAUGCUGAAACAGGAAAGGGCCUUCACCAAACUGUUACCACAAAGUUGGAAGCACAGAAUCGUCUAGAAUGUCAUUGUAUGCUGUAGCGUUAAGAUUUCCCUUCACUGGAACUAAGGGGCCUAGCCCGAAUCACGAAAAACAUCCCCAGACCAUUAUUCCUCCUCCACCAAACUUUACAGUUGGCAUUAUGCAUUGGGGCAGGUAGCGUUCUCCUGGCAUCCGCCAAACCCAGAUUUGUCCGUAGGACUGCCAGAUGGUGAAGCGUGAUUCAUCACUCCAGAGAACGCGUUUCCACUGCUACAGAGUCCAAUGGCGACGAGCUUUACACAACCUCAGCCGAUGCUUGACAUUGCGCAUGGUGAUCUUAGGCUUGUGUGCGGCUGCUCGGCCAUGGAAACCCAUUUCAUGACGCUCUCGAUGAACAGUUAUUGUGCUGACGUUGCUUCCAGAGGCAGUUUGGAACUCGGUAGUGAGUGUUGCAACCUAGGACAGACGAUUUAUUCGCGCUACUCAAUUCAGCACUCGGCGGUCCUGUUCUGUGAGCUUGUGUGGCCUACCUGUCACGAUCGUCUAAUGAGGGAGAGGACCAAGGCGCAGCGUUGAAAGUGAACAUAGUAUUUAUUAGACUGAUCACACGAUCAAAAUAACUAACGAAAACGUGAUGUCUCUGGUUACAUACACAAACCAAAAUGAGAACAAGAAACCACAAAUAAUGAAUGCCAAAAGGCUACCUAUGUAUGACUCCCAAUCAGAGACAACGAGCUACAGCCGUCUCCGAUUGGGAGCCACCCUGGCCAACAUAGAAUUACAACAACUAGAACAUAAACAAAUGAAAACUCACACCCUGGCUCAACAUACUAGAGUCCCCAGAGCCAGGGCGUGACACUACCACUUCGCGGUUGAGCCGUUGUUGUUCCUAGACGUUUCCACUUCACAAUAACAGCACUUACAGUUGACCGGGGCAGCUCUAGCAGGGCAGAUAUUUUACGAACUGACUUGUUGGACAGCUGGCAUCCUAUGACGGUGCCAUGUUGAAAGUCACUGACUUGUUGGACAGCUGGCAUCCUAUGACGGUGCCAUGUUGAAAGUCACUGACUUGUUGGACAGCUGGCAUCCUAUGACGGUGCCAUGUUGAAAGGAACUGACUUGUUGGACAGCUGGCAUCCUAUGACGGUGCCAUGUUGAAAGGAACUGACUUGUUGGACAGCUGGCAUCCUAUGACGGUGCCAUGUUGAAAGGUACUGACUUGUUGGACAGCUGGCAUCCUAUGAUGGUGCCAUGUUGAAAGGCACUGACUUGUUGGACAGCUGGCAUCCUAUGAUGGUGCCAUGUUGAAAGUCACUGACUUGUUGGACAGCUGGCAUCCUAUGAUGGUGCCAUGUUGAAAGUCACUGACUUGUUGGACAGCUGGCAUCCUAUGAUGGUGCCAUGUUGAAAGUCACUGACUUGUUGGACCGCUGGCAUCCUAUGAUGGUGCCAUGUUGAAAGUCACUGACUUGUUGGACAGCUGGCAUCCUAUGAUGGUGCCAUGUUGAAAGUCACUGACUUGUUGGACAGCUGGCAUCCUAUGAUGGUGCCAUGUUGAAAGUCACUGACUUGUUGGACAGCUGGCAUCCUAUGAUGGUGCCAUGUUGAAAGUCACUGACUUGUUGGACAGCUGGCAUCCUAUAUGGUGCCAUGUUAAAGUCACUGACUUGUUGGACAGCUGCAUCCUAUAUGGUGCAACGUUGAAAGUCACUGACUUGUUGGGCCAGCUGGCAUCCUAUGAUGGUGCAUCGUUGAAAGGCACUGACUUGUUGACAGCUGGCAUCCUCUGAUGGUGCCAUGUUUGAAAGUCACUGACUUGUUGGACACUGGCAUCCUAUGAUGUGCCAUGUUGAAAGUCACUGACUUGUUGGACAGCUGGCAUCCUAUGAUGGUGGCCAUGUUGAAAGUCACUGACUUGUUGGACAGCUGGCAUCCUAUGAUGGUGCCAUGUUGAAAGGCACUGACUUGUUGGGCAGCUGGCAUCCUAUGAUGGUGCCAUGUUGAAAGGCACUGACUUGUUGGACAGCUGGCAUCCUAUGAUGGUGCCAUUUGAAAGGGCACUGACUUGUUGGACAGCUGCAUCCUAUGAUGGUUCCAUGUUGAAAGUCACUGACUUGUUGGACACUGGCAUCCUAUGAUGGUGCCAUGUUGAAAGGCACUGACUUGUUGGACAGCUGGCAUCCUAUGACGGGGCCAUGUUUAAAGGGAAAGGGCUUUUGGACAGUGGGGAAUUUCCCUUUUGGGGGUGGUGCCCUGUUGAAAGGCCCCCUGACUUUUUGGACAGCUGGCAUUUUUUUUAUGAUGGUUUCCAUGUUUUAAAGUCACUGACUUGUUGGGGGGCAAAGCUGGCAUCCCAUGUGGUUCCAAAGUUUUAAAGGGAACCCGGGUUGGGUUGGGGCAGCUGGCAUCCUAUGACCCGGGGGAAAGUUUUAAAGGGGAUGACUGGGGACAGUGGGAUUCCCCCUUUAUGGUGCAACGUUGAUUUUAAAAUCCUGACUUGUUGGGACAGCGGAAACCCAUGAUGGGGCCUUGAAAGUCAAAGACUUGGGGGACGCUGGCCCCUCCCUUUAUGGUGCCCUGUUGGGAAAAGGGACUGACUUGUUGGGGGAAAACCAGCUGGCAUCCCAUGACGGUGCCCUGUUUAAAAAUCACUUUACUUUUUGGGGCCGCUGGCAUUUCCCAGGGCGGGCCAUGUUGAAAAGGGACUGACUUGGGGGGGGCAGCUGGCAACCAUGGCGGUGCCAUGUUUGAAAGGGACGACUUGUUGGCCCGUGGAUCCUUUUGACGGUGCCUGUUGAAAGGAACUGACUUGUUGGACCGUGGCUCCAUUUACGGUGCCCGUUGAAAGGAACUGACUUGGGUUUGGAAAAAGUGGCAUUCCCAUGACGGUUUCCAUUGAAAAGGGAAAUUUACUUGGGGGGACAGUGGCAUCCAUGAUGGCCUGUUGGGAAAAUCAAUGAUUGUUGGGGAAAAGGGGGAAGCCCCAUGACGGUUUUUUCAAAGUUAAAAGGCCCCUGAGCCCCAGUAAGGCCAAUUUUUAUUUCCAAUGUUUGUCUAUGGGAUUGCAUGGGGGUGUUUCUGAUUCUAUACACCUGUAGGAAAGGGGUGGCUGAAAAGCCGAAUCCACCAAAUUUUAAGGGGUGUCCACAUUUCUGCCUUUUUUUUAAGUGAUGUGUUUUUGGCCAUUGGUCUUUCAAAUAUUGGGUUAAAAAUAUUUUCAAAGGACCGGGAGAACGGGAAAAAGUGGGAAGAAAAGGGGCGGCGGCCCCGGGGACCCCCGAGGCCCAAAAGAAAGGGGAAGGGGAAGGGGGGACAGGAGGAAGUGAAGGGGGCCAAGAGAAAAAGGAAAAGCGGAAGAGAAGAGAAAAAGGGGAAGGCCCAGCCGAAAGAGCGGGGGAAUUUGGCCCGAGGCCCCUUCUAUUUUCGUGGUUUUCUUCCUCUUUAGGGGGUCUGGAAAAAGUGGGGCCCAAAAUGCCUGACCCGGCCCCCGGGAUGGGGGGGUUCCCGGAGGGGGGGGGAGAAGGUGGCCCCUUCCGCAGACCCGGGGCCCGAAAAGGGGGGGGGGUUUGGGGGAAUCUAGCCGGGGCCCGGGGGAAACCCCCGGGGGACCGGGCCUCCGGGGGAAAAACUUGGAAGGGGGGUCUGGAAAAGGGGGGGAAAAAGGGGGGGACGUUAAAAGCAACGCCCACCAAAAACCCCCAACGCCCAAAAAAUUCUGAAACCCCGGAAAUCUGGGGGGGGGGGAAAAACCCAAAAACCCCUCCUUUUCCUUUCCCCCCCAAAAGCAACUCCACCGGGGCCCCCACAAGAGGACGGAAAAGGUAAACCCCCCGGGGAAAACCCCUUAAAACCCCGCGUUGUUGUUCCCCCCGGGUUUUCCCCCCGGGCCCGCUUCCCCUCUCGCAGCUUGGUCGGGCCCCCCCUGAAAUCCUCCCCUUCCCCAAAAAAUCCUAAACCCCCCUUUUUCCCCCCACCUAUUGUUCCCUUUUUUCUCUUCCCUCUAAAAAAACGGGGGGGGAAAAAUCCCCCCCAAAAAAAAAAAAAAAAUUAAAACCUUCUUUAUUGUUCUCUUUCCCCUCAUUACACUCUUCCCAUUUUUCUGGGCUUCCCCUUUUCCUUUCUGGGCCGUUUCUUCUGGGUUGUCUGGCUGUCCCGUUUUGUUGUCUGUAUCUCUCCCCUCUUUCUUUCUCUUUUGGUCUUCUCGGUCUAAUUUCCCUCUCUCUUAUCUUUUCCUUUCCUUUCUCCCUUCUCUGUCUUCCUCACUCUCACUCUCACUCUCAAGUCUGUCUGUAUGUUUGGGCGGUCUUUUCUUUAUGUCGGGCUGUUUGUUGUCUGUCUGUUUGUCUUUUUUUUGUUGUCUUCUCUCUUUCUCUCUCUUUUCUCUCUCUCCCUUAAUUAAUUAAUUCCCUUUUUUUUCAAUUUCAAAAUUUAAUUUUAAUUUUCCCAAUUUUAAGGGGGUUAUUUUGGGAUGGGAAACGGAUGUUAACUUUCCAAAGCAAGUGAAAGUAGAUUUUUUUUUUUUGGGAUUUUUUUUUUCCCCCCUCCUCCCCCCUUUCCCUCUUUUCCUCUAUCUGUCUCUCUCUAUCGCAGUCUCUCAUCUCUGUCUCUCGUCUCUGUUCUCUCUCUUCUCUCUCUGUCCUCUGUCUACUCCUCUCUCCUCGGCAUGACCGCUCCUUUCUUGACUCGUGUCUCUCUCCCUGCUGUUUCCCUGUCUCGUUCUCGUCUGUCUCCUUGUCUCUCUCUCUCUGCAUUCUCGCUGAUCUCUCUAGCCCCUCUCCUCCUAUUAUCUGUCUCUCGCUCUGUCUCUCUCUCUGCGAUCUCUUCUUCUGAUUGGUCUGAUUCUGUCUUAUUGUCUCUUCUCUCCUCUCUCUAUAUCUCUCUCUUCUCUCUUCUCUGUCUGUCUCUUCUCUCUCUCUGUCUGUUUCUCUCUGUCUCUGUCUGUCGUCUGUUCUCUCUCUUUCUCUCUUCUUCUUUGUCUCUGUGUCUAUGUUUCUGUCUGUUUCUCUCUCUCUUUCUAGUCUCUCUUCCUCUCUCACUCUACUCUCUUCUAUCUGUAUGUCUCUCUCUUCUGUAGUCUCUUCUUCGUCUUCUUGUCUAUUCUUCUCUGUUCUCUUCUCUCUCUCUCUGUCCCUCUCAGUCUCUCACUCUCACUCUUCAACUCUUCUGUACUGUCUGUCUCUCUGUCUGUUUCUCUCUCUCUCUCUGUCUCUCUCUUUGUGCCUCCCUCCCUCCCUCCCUCCCUCCUCCCUGGACCAUUGCUUUCCCAGCAGGAAGAGACAUCAGUGUCUCCAUAGUGUCGGCCUGGCUGGGCUCCCACCACUCUAACACAUUAUCUUCACAUUACCGUGAUUGAGUGUUUCUGCUCUGUGUUGAUAAGGCUGCUCAGCCCAUUGCUGUUUGCUGCUGUUCUGUGAUGUGGUGCGUUUCCUGCUGUUUUAGGCUAAGAGCCCCCCAGAGGAAGGGAAGACAGGGACUGAGGAAAGCCAGGAGGCCAAGUCAGAGCCGGAGAAAGCAGAGUAUGUACAAGUCCCCGUUCCUCUGUUACUCCUGGUGUGUUCAUCUGAAAUACGGCAGUUGAACAUAAUGAAACUAAGUUGAUCAUGGAAGAGGAAUGUUGUUACAAUGUAAAAUAAUGUGUUCUCUACUGUGUCUGUUAACUGACCGCUCCUGUGUCUGUUAACUGACCGCUCCUGCCGUCCAGGGGAGUGGAUGGAGAAAAGCAGGAGGAGGAGAGGAGAAAGGAGGAGAGGAGAAAGGAGGAGAGGAGAAAGGAGGAGAGGAGAAAGGAGGAGAAGGAGCCGAAAGCUAAAGCGAGACAGCACCACACCUCCAAGUCUGAUGAGCAUGACAUGCAGGAGUCUACCUUCUGGAAGAACAUCAUCGCCUAUCAGAGGAAGCUGCUGGUACAACACACACACACACACACACACACACACACACACACACACACACACACACACACACACACACACACAUACGCACACACACACACACAUACACACACACAUACGCACACGCACGCACACACACACGCACACACACACACACACAAGCACGCACACACACACACACAGUCUUCUACAUCUAACCUUGUGAGGACACACAUUUCAGUCCCAUUCAAAAUCCUAUUUUCUCUAAACCUAACCCUAACCCUAACCUUAACCCGUAAACCUAACCUUACUAAACCUAACCCUAGCUCCUAAUCCUAAACCUACAAGUAAUCCUAGCUCCUAACCCUAAACCUAAUUCUAACCCUAACACUAAUUCUAAACUUAACCCUAAACCCUCUAGAAAUAGCAUUUGACCUUGUGGGGACCAAUGAAAUACCCCCAGUUGGUCAAAUUUCCACACACACACACACGCGAAGCUGCCGGGAAGAGACUUUCUGGCAAUCAGCUAACAACACAAUAUGAACAGGACUGAGCUAAUGUAUAUGAAUCCAUCCCCACACACUCUAUCAGCAACACUCCUUCACAAACAGCUCAUCAGUGUUGUGAUUUUUUACUUUUUCUAGAACUAUUUUGCUCGGAACUUCUACAACAUGAGAAUGCUGGCGUUGUUCGUGGCCUUCGCCAUCAACUUCAUCCUCCUCUUCUACAAGGUAAUCACAACGUGAUGGAGCUAGCUGGGCCCUACCUUUCACCGCUCCAUGGAUGCUGAUGCUGAUGCUGAUGCUGAUGCUGAUGCUGAAGGCUGAUGCUGAUGCUGAUGCUGAUGCUGCUGCUGAAGGGUUGCUGGGUGGGGAGAACAUUGGAUGGAUAGAACUCUUUGUAGUCAUACAUUUUCUAUGGAUUAUAUUCAUGAGGAUCCAGCAACUCACUGUUUAAUCAAUAGUCAUUUUAGAGUGAGCCCAUGGUUCGUUGUCCCCCCCCCCCCCCCCCUCCUCCAGGUGUCCUCCUCCUCAGCGGUGAUCCCCGAAAGCAGAAGGCCCCGGUCAAGCAGCAGUGUGCGGUGGGACCCCCUGAUGGAGGGUAGUGAGCCCCAGGAGACCCAAGACCCCCAGCAGGGCCCUUUGUUUGUCCACUUUGUGCUGGAGGAGAGCACCGGAUACAUGGAGCCCACCCUACGUAUCCUGGCCAUCCUACACACUGUCAUCUCCUUCUGCUGCAUCAUAGGUUACUACUGCCUCAAGGUAGGAUACUACUGCCUUAAGGUAGGAUACUACUGCCUUAAGGUAGGAUACUGCUGCCUCAAGGUAGGAUACUGCUGCCUCAAGGUAGGAUACUACUGCCUCAAGGUAGGAUACUGCUGCCUCAAGGUAGGAUACUACUGCCUCAAGGUAGGAUACUACUAUUACUACUGCCUCAAGGUAGGAUACUACUGCCUCAAGGUAGGAUACUACUGCCUCAAGGUAGUGUAGGAUAUACUGCCUCAAGGUAGGAUACUACUAGUAUACUACUGCCUCAAGGUAGGAUUACUACUGCCUCAAGGUAGGAUACUGCUGCUCAAGGUAGGAUACUGACUGCCUUAAGGUAGGAUACUACUGCCUUAAGGUAGGAUACUGCUGCCUCAAGGUAGGAUACUGCUGCCUCAAGGUAGGAUACUACUGCCUCAAGGUAGGAUACUGCUGCCUCAAGGUAGGAUACUGCUGCCUCAAGGUAGGAUACUACUGCCUCAAGGUAGGAUACUGCUGCCUCAAGGUAGGAUACUACUGCCUCAAGGUAGGAUACUACUCAGUAUUACUACUGCUCAAGGUAGGAUACUACUGCCUCAAGGUAGGAUUACUACUGCCUCAAGGUAGGAUUACUACUGCCUCAAGGUAGGAUACUACUAUUACUACUGCCUCAAGGUAGGAUACUACUGCCUCAAGGUAGGAUACUGCUGCCUCAAGGUAGGAUACUACUGCCUCAAGGUAGGAUACUACUAUUACUACUGCCUCAAGGUAGGAUACUACUGCCUCAAGGUAGGAUACUGCUGCCUCAAGGUAGGAUACUGCUGCCUCAAGGUAGGAUACUGCUGCCUCAAGGUAGGAUACUGCUGCCUCAAGGUAGGAUACUACUGCCUCAAGGUAGGGUUCUACUGCCUCAAGGUAGGGUUCUACUGCUUCAAGGUAGGGUUCUACUGCUUCAAGGUAGGAUUCUACUGCCUCAAGGUAGGAUUCUACUGCCUCAAGGUAGGGUUCUACUGCCUCAAGGUAGGGUUCUACCGCUUCAAGGUAGGAUUCUACUGCUCAAGGUAGGAUUCUACUGCCUCAAGGUAGGAUUCUACUGCCUCAAGGUAGGGUUCUACUGCCUCAAGGUAGGGUUCUACUGCUUCAAGGUAGGAUUCUACUGCUUCAAGGUAGGGUUCUACUGCUUCAAGGUAGGGUUCUACUGCCUCAAGGUACUGUAGGCCUGAUUCUAUGAUUCUAAUGGGAGUGUAGGUUAAGGUAAGUAUAGAUGGGGUUUUGGUUAACAUGCAGUUUUGUUUAAAGUGUUAAGAAUUGACUUUUGUGUUUAUAUGGAAAUGUUCAAUUUCAGACUGUGAAGAGAUGCCAGAGUGGUUUGUCAGACACAGAUAGCCUGAUCUACUGUAUGUCAAUGGGCCUGGGUUCUCCACCUCUCUGAUCUACUGUAUGUCAAUGGGCCUGGGUUCUCCACCUCUCUGAUCUACUGUAUGUCAAUGGGCCUGGGUUCUCCACCUCUCUGAUCUACUGUAUGUCAAUGGGCCUGGGUUCUCCACCUCUCUGAUCCAUCCUUCCUCCAUGCCUGUUUACCCACCAGGUCCCGUUGGUGAUCUUCAAGCGUGAGAAGGAGGUGGCGAGGAAGCUGGAGUUUGAUGGUCUCUACAUCACAGAGCAGCCGUCGGAGGAUGACAUUAAAGGCCAGUGGGACAGACUAGUGAUUAACACUGGGUAAGUCCACUGUUACCGCUCAGUUACUGCAUAGUUCAUUAUCACAGCGGUUGCCUCCCUAAUGGCACCCUAUUCCCUGCAUAGUGCACUACUUUGGACCAGCUCUGCUCUAAAGUAGUGCACUGUGCAAGGGUAUAGGGUGCCAUUUGAGACUCAGUCAGUUAUUACAGCACAGCUAACGCAGUAUGGUCCGGGUCACGGAGGCCACAGGCUGAGCUAAUUGUCCUCUGAAUGUUUAAAUGUCAAACCUAACGAUCACGCUCGUCUUGCGGUGGUGGGGCUUUGACUCUGCAGCACUAUGAUAUAGAGGUCUCUGGGUCACAUAUUAAUGAUAUAGAGAAAUUAAUGAAUAUGGCAAACCAUUAUCGUUAAUCCAUUUCAUAGCUGGAUAAUGUUUUUUUUGUAUAGACUGAGCAUGUGGACCAUGUUUUCUGUUUGGAGGACGUGGGCUAGUAAUGUAAUGGACUUUGGUUUUGAUUUUCAGAUCGUUUCCAAACAACUACUGGGAUAAGUUUGUGAAGAGGAAGGUAGGUCUGAAUUCAUAUUCACUGAAGACUCUCAAUGUAAUACAUUUAGCUCUACAUCAGUGACCUGUUUAGAACCUGUUUAGAACCAGUUUAGAACCAGUUUAGAACCUGUUUAGAACCUGUUUAGAACCUGUUUAGAAACAGUUUAGAAUGUAUCAGAACAGUAGAGUAAAGCUGUGUGGGUCCCCCUGCAGGUAAUGGAUAAGUAUGGAGAAUUCUACGGCCAUGACCGCAUCAGUGAGCUCUUGGGUAUGGACAAGGCUGCUCUGGACUUCAGCGACGCCCACGAGAAGAAGAAACCCAAGAAAGACAGCUCCUUAGCCGCAGUGUGAGUCUGGGGGUGGGGGACAGAGCCGGGGAGGGUUUGGAGGGAUGGAGGGAUGGGGUUGGGGGACAGAGCCGGGGGAGGGUUUGGAGGGAUGGAGGGAUGGGGUUGGGGGACAGAGCCGGGGAGGGUUUGGAGGGUGAAGGGGGUGGGGGACAGAGCGGGGAGGAUUGGGAGGGAUGGAGGGAUGGGGGUGGGGGGACCAGAGCCGGGGAGGGUUUGGAGGGAUGGAGGGAUGGGGGUGGGGGGACAGAGCCGGGGAGGGUUUGGAGGGAUGGAGGGAUGGGGGUGGGGGGACAGAGCCGGGGAGGGUUUGGAGGGAUGGGGAGGGAUGGGGUGGGGGACAGAGCCGGGGAGGGUUUGGAGGGAUGGAGGGAUGGGGUGGGGGGACAGAGCCGGGGAGGGUUUGGAGGGAUGGAGGGAUGGGGUUGGGGGACAGAGCGGGGAGGGUUUGGAGGGAUGGAGGGUGAAGGGAGGGGGUGGGGGACAGAGCCAGGGAGGGUUUGGAGGGAUGGAGGGAUGGGGGUGGGGGACAGAGCCGGGGAGGGUUUGGAGGGAUGGAGGGAUGGGGGUGGGGGACAGAGCCGGGGAGGGUUUGGAGGGGGAGGGUGAAGGGAUGGAGUUGGGGGACAGAGCCGGGGAGGGUUUGGAGGGUGGAGGGAUGGGGGUGGGGGACAGAGCCGGGGAGGGUUUGGAGGGAUGGAGGGUGAAGGGAUGGAGUUGGGGGGACAGAGCCGGGGAGGGUUUGGAGGGAUGGGUUGGGGGGUGGGGGGACAGAGCCGGGGGGGUUUGGAGGGAUGGGGUUGGGGUGGGGGACAGAGACGGGGAGGGUUUGGAGGGAUGGAGGGAUGGAGGGGAAUGGGGGUGGGGGACAGAGCGGUGAGGGUUUGGAGGGAUGGAGGGUGAAGGGAUGGAGUUGGGGGACAGAGCCGGGGAGGGUUUGGAGGGAUGGAGGGUGAUGGGAUGGGGGUGGGGACAGAGCCGGGGAGGGUUUGGAGGGAUGGAGGGUUGGAAGGAUGGGGGUGGGGGGACAGAGCCGGGGAGGGUUUGGAGGGAUGGAGGGAUGGAGGGUGGGGGACAGAGCCGGGGAGGGUUUGGAGGGAUGGAAGGGAUGGGGGGGUGGGGGACAGAGCCGGGGAGGGUUUGGAGGGAUGGAGGGAUGGAGGGGGAAGGGAUGGGGGUGGGGGACAGAGCCGGGGAGGGUUUGGAGGGAUGGAGGGAGGGGGGUUGGGGGACAGAGCCGGGGGGAGGGUUUGGUGGGAUGGAGGGUGGGCGGACAGAGCCGGGGAGGGUUUGGAGGGGUGGGGUGGGGGACAGAGCCGGGGAGGGUUUGGAGAGGAUGGAGGGUUGAAGGGAUGGGGGUGGGGGACAGAGCCGGGGAGGGUUUUGGAGGGAUGGAGGGGAUGGGGGUGGGGGACAGAGACGGGGAGGGUUUGGAGGGAUGGAGGGUUGAAGGAUGGGGGUGGGGGGGACAGAGCCGGGGAGGGUUUGGAGGGAUGGAGGGAUGGGGGUGGGGGACAGAGACGGGGGGGGGUUUGGAGGGAUGGAGGGAUGGGUGGGGUGGGGGACAGAGCCGGGGAGGGUUUGGAGGGUGGGAGGGAUGGGGGUGGGGGACAAAGCCGGGAGGGUUUGGAGGGUUGGAGGGAUGGGGGUGGGGGACAAAGCCAGGAGGGUUUGGGGGAUGGAGGGGAUGGGGGGGGGACAGAGCCGGGGAGGGUUUGGAGGGAUGGAGGGAUGGAGGGAUGGGGGUGGGGGACAGAGCCGGUGAGGGUUUGGAGGGAUGGAGGGUGAUGGGGAUGGGGGGUGGGGGACAGAGCCGGGGAGGGGUUUGGAGGGAUGGAGGGUGAAGGGAUGGGGGUGGGGGACAGAGCCGGGGAGGGUUUGGAGGGAUGGAGGGAUGGGGGUGGGGGACAGAGCAGGGGAGGGUUUGGAGGGAUGGAGGGAUGGGGGUGGGGGACAGAGCGGGGAGGGUUUGGAGGGAUGGAGGGAUGGAGGGGAAGGGAUGGGGGGUGGGGGACAGAGCCGGGGAGGGUGGUUUGGAGGGAUGGAGGGAUGGGGUUGGGGGACAGAGCCGGGGAGGGUUUUGGAGGGAUGGAGGGAUGGGGGGGGGUGGAGGGAUGGGGGGAGGAUGGGGGGGUGCCCCUCACAGUGGCUGUUGGGACCCAAUCAGAGAGCCGGGGAGGGUUUGGAGGGAUGGAGGGUGAAGGGAUGGGUUGGGGGACAGAGCCGGGGAGGGUUUUGGAGGGAUGGAGGGUGGGGGACAGAGCCGGGGAGGGUUGUGGAGGGGUGGGGGUGGGGGACAGAGCCAGGGGAGGGUUUGGAGGGAUGGAGGGUGGAGGGGUGAAGGGAUGGGGGUGGGGUACAGAGCCGGGGAGGGUUUGGAGAGGGAUGGAGGGAUGGGGGUGGGGUACAGAGCCGGGGAGGGUUUGGAGGGUGGAGGGGAUGGGGUUGGGGGUGGGGGACAAGGCACGGGGAGGGAUGGAGGGUGAAGGGAUGGGGGUGGGGGGACAGAGCGGGGAGGGUGUGGAGGGUGGAGGGAUGGGGGUGGGGGACAGAGCCAGGGAGGGUUUGGAGGGAUGGAGGGAUGGGGUUGGGGGUGGGGGACAGAGCCGGGGGGGGGGAUGGAGGGUGAAGGGAUGGGGGUGGGGACAGAGCCGGGGAGGGUUUGGAGGGAUGGAGGGGGGGGUGGGGGGGGGGACAAGAGCCGGGGGAGGGUUUGGAGGGAUGGAGGGAUGGGGGGUGGGGGACAGAGCCGGGGAGGGUUUGGAGGGAUGGAGGGAUGGAGGGGAAGGGAUGGGGGUGGGGGACAGAGCCGGGGAGGGUUUGGAGGGAUGGAGGGAUGGGGUUGGGGGACAGAGCCGGGGAGGGUUUGGAGGGAUGGAGGGAUGGGGGGUGGAGGGAUGGGGGAUGGGGGGUGCCCCUCACAGUGCCUGUUGGACCCAAUCAAAGCAUUGAACUUAGAUCAUUAAAGCUCAUAGAUGGGGAAGCUUACUCUGUAUUAGAGAGAACCAAAAAUCUAGUUUCACCUUCUAAAUGUGCACCUUUCUCUCUCUGUUGUUAAUAUGGAGUAAGCUUCCUCUGAAGCCAAUAGAGUGAGAGGUGUUCUCCUAAUAUUUUAUGUGUUUCAGUUGGAAGAUGGCAGUAAUGACCAAUUACUGUACAGGAUGGUGGCAGCAGGAGGCCUGAUCGAUGACAAAUACGCCCCCAACAUCAACCCUGUUUAUGUUCUGUUCUGUUCCAGAUUAAACUCUGUAGAUGUCAAGUACCAGAUCUGGAAACUAGGAGUCGUCUUCACAGACAAUGUAAAUAAAGACUUCUUUCAUCCUUUAACUGCUUAUUUAAUAAUUAUUUUAUUUUUUAGUCAUUUAGCAGACGCUCUUAUCCAGAGCAACUUACAUGAGCAAUUAGGGUUAAGUGCCUUGCUUAAGGGCACAUCGACAGAUUUUUCACCUAGUCGGCUCGGGGAUUAGAACCAGCAACCUUUCGGUUACUGGCACAACGCUCUUAACCACUAAGCUACCUGCCGCCCCCCAGAAUAAUACAUGAUAUAUGCCGUUUAGCAGACACUAUUUCUAGCUCUCUUCCUGACCUCUGACCCCUGCAGUCGUUCCUGUACCUGGCUUGGUAUAUGACCAUGUCCGUCCUGGGUCACUACAACAACUUCUUCUUUGCUGCUCAUCUCCUGGACAUCGCCAUGGGCUUCAAGACCCUCCGCACCAUCCUGUCUUCUGUCACGCACAACGGCAAACAGGUACUACAGUCGACUUUAUCACUAUGUCUGCACUUACUUAGUAUCCUACAAACCAGUGUCUAAAUAUACAAUAUGUUACUGUAGGUACGUACAGGGAGGUCCAAAGCAUUUGGACAGUGACAUACUUUUUGUUGUUUCGGCUCUGUACUCCAGAACUUUGAGGGUAUUUUCAUCCAUAUCGGGUUGAACCGUUUAGAAAUUACAGCACUUUUUGUACAUAGAUCCAUUCCAUCCACAGAACAUGAAACAUUACAUAAUACAGAACAUUACCGUUAAAUGCUUACUUACAAACCCUUAACCAACAAUGCAGUUUUAAGAAAAUAGACUUAAGAAAAUAUUGACUAAAUAAACUAAUGUAAAUAAAAAGUAACACAAUAAAAUAACAAUAAUGAGGCUAUAUACAGGGGGUACCGGUACCGAGUCAAUGUGCCGGGGUACAGGUUAGUCGAGGUAAUUUGUACAUGUAGGUAGGGGUAAAGAGACUAUGCAUAGAUAAUAAACAGCGAGUAGCAGCAGUGUAAAAACAAAGGGGGGGGGGGGGGGUCAAUGUUAAUAGUCUGGGUGGCCAUUUGAUUAAUUGUUCGGCAGCCUUAUGGCUUGGGGGUAGAAGCUGUUAAGGAGCCUUUUGGACCUAGACUUGGCACUCCGGUACCGCUUGCCGUGUGGUAGCAGAGAACAGUCUAUGACUAGGGUGGCUGGAGUCUUUGACAAGUCUUUGGGCCUUCCUCUGACACCGCCUGGUAUAGAGGUCCUGGAUGGCAGGAAGCCAACAUAAGGUCAGGGCCGUUAUCCAGCAAGGUGAGGUAUUGAAAGGUAUUGAAAACAGGGGUGUCAAUCAUUUUGACCCCUACCUUUUUGAGAAGAAAAAGUAUUACUUGUUAAACAAAAUGUAUUUCUCUGAGCAAUUGAAUUAGUAUAAGAUCAUAUAUUUCCAUGGUGGAUUUCAAAUUUUCACUAAAUGAAAAGACCCCCUCCUCCUCCCCAGCGUCUCUCCUCUAUAGAGCUAUAAGUAGUUAUAUCUAGAGAUCCUCUCAUAUAUUCUGAGAUAGAUCUCCUAUCUCUCGACUCUCUUUGGAUUCUCCGUCCCCCACGAGAAUCCUCUCUCCCUGAAUCUCUCUCGCUCUCUCUCUCUCCCAGCUCUCUCCUCCUCCCUGUCUAUCUUCGUCCUCCUCUCUCUCUCUCUCUCCUCCUCCUCUCUUCCGGUCUCCUCUCUCCCUCCUCCGUCUCUCCUCUCGUCACUCCUCCCUCCCUCCCUCCCUCCCUCCCUCCCUCGCCGUCCCUCCCUCCCCCUCCUACUCCAUUCCUCCAGCUGGUUCUGACAGUAGGACUACUAGCUGUAGUUGUGUAUCUCUACACCGUGGUGGCUUUCAACUUCUUCAGGAAGUUCUACAACAGGGGGGAAGAGGGAGAGACACCGGACAUGAAGUGUGAUGACAUGCUCACGGUGAGUAGUCAAGCCUCAGCCUGUUUUCACAAAGAGUCUCAAAGUCAGAGUGCUGAUCUACAAUCACUUUGGCUUUUAGAUCACACUGAAUCAGAUUAUAUAGACAAGGAGGUCCUGGAUCCUAGAUCAGCAGUGACUUCAUUGCACACACACAAUAUAAUCUCUGAAUGUGUUUUUUUUUUGUGUGUGUAAGUGUGAUUGACUCAUACAGCUACAGCUUCCCCAUUCAGUCACCAGUUCUACAUCCCACUACUUUAUCCUCCUUUAUGGCAACUUGAUUGCCAUGCAGAUGCAGGCAGAGCUGUGAUGAAUGCAGUUCAUUAAGCUCGUUAAGCUAAGGGCUAAUUAGUCACUAGUUGCUGGGACGCAGCUGCUAAUUGCCUUAGCGUUCCCUGACACUGUGAGACAGAGAAAGGCGGCGUCAGAACGAGGCCUGCUGAUUGGCCGGGCCAGGUCUAAUUAGCCCCAGCUGUAAUGGAUACGGAAUAAAAAGAUCUGGGUUGUGGAACCCUAUCCCCUAAUAUAGUGCACUACUUUUGACCAAAGUCCUAUGGGCCAACAGUAGUACACUAACUGGGUAAUAGGUUACCAUUUGGGACUCAGUGUAGUGAAUGCAAUGAACAGUGGAUCAAUGUGAAAUGGGGCUGAGCAACGCCUCAAUGACCUAUUCUGUUGUGGUCUUAUUGGCAGGAGCACAGAGCCAUCAGAGCCCGUCAGAAUGAACCACAAAAUAACUGUUGAAUAG